UGCACCGUCUACGCCUUCAAGACGCGGAAGUGCCCUGAGAACUUCAACGAGGCAAAGUUUAUUGGGUUCACCAUGUACACCACCUGCAUCAUCUGGCUCGCCUUCCAGCCCAUCUUCUAUGUCACUGCCAGCGACUACAGGGUGCAGACCACCACCAUGUGCAUCUCCGUCAGUCUGAGCGGCUCGGUGGUUCUCGGCUGCCUCUUCGCCCCCAAAGUUCACAUCAUCCUGUUCCAGCCCCAGAAAAAUGUGACCUCUCUGAGAGUCACAACCAACCGCUUCAGUGCCACAGUGUCAGCGACUGCAUCCGCUCCCAGCUCCAGCUACUCUAAAGGAUCAGCCUCUAACUAUGUGCCAGCAGUCUGUAACGGCCGCGAAGUUGUGGAUUCUACGACGUCCUCUUUGUAAAAAAAAAAAAAAAAAAAGGUUUCCCUCUAAGCACAAGACACCAUCCCAUCAUCACUCAUCCCUCCAUGAAACAGGGCGGUGUAUGACGGAGCCCCCAUGCCAUCCAACAUGCUGCAGAGAGAUAUCUCUGUCUGGGUAGACUGACUGACAGCGGCAAGGGUAACUCUUUACUGUGAAAGUGAUGUUUCUACAGCGCGCAGUAUGUAUCAUUUGUAAAGCCUUUUUGUAUAGAUUUAAUAUGCUGUGAUAUCCUUGUUUUACAGAUAGACGAAAUGCACCGUGCCUUGUCCUAAAGAGUCUUGUUGUCAAAUGGGUGCUUGUGAAGCAAUAGUGUUAUACAAACAAAAGGCUGUUCUUAUCUCAUCCUUACAGUGCUGUGAGUAUAUCCAAGUGUUGUAGACAUUGAUAAAAAUUGCUAUGAAAUAAAUGUAGCCCUUCUGUUCUACAAAAUAUGUGACUAACCUUAGUGAAUGUGAAAGAGUAGGCAACUAGAGAACAUAAAGGAUGUGUGUUGAUGUAGAUUAGUGUUUGCUUUCCUGUAAUUUAUGUAAAUAAAAUAGUUUUCUUUUACAUAAAUAAAUACUGCUUUGUAUGAAUUCACAAUUGCAAUUCUAUUAUAACUUAAAUGUAGCUAUUCAGAGACGAUAACAGCUUUAGUACACAUGGUUCGAUUGUUUCAUCUUGAAAAACACAUUUUUUUUAAAAAUAUCUUUAGUUGAACCAACAAAGUAUUGUUUACUUUAUUUUGACCCAAGUCAAAUUAAACUGAAGAUGUUAAGUUUAAGUGACCAUUUUCCCGCCUAAAUAGGAGAAUCAGCAUGAUUUCUAAUUUCGCUGUUUCCAAGACUUGUAUUUGGUGCUCUGAUGUCAAAGCUAUAACUAUUGGUGUAACUACUAGUUAAGUAUGUGCAAUUAUACAUGUACAGUGCCUAUAAAAUGUAUUCACCCAA